CUUUGGACGUGAACAGUUUCGCUGAGGAGCACUUUUCUCGCCCCCACCCUCAUCAGAUCUGCCUUCUCCUUAAAAAAAAUAUUAAAAAAAAAAAAAAAAAAAAAAAAAAAAAAAAAAAAAAAAAAAAACGAAGCCCACCCAGACGGGCAGCCGAGGCGUCACUUUCCGCGCACCGACCUGACUGAGGGGACUUUAGGUGUUGGAUAAUCGGGUCUCCAACCGUCCUUCAUCCACCCAGAUCUCUGGCAGCGAUGGAGACUCGGGCUGCCUCCUGCCCGGGCUCGCGCCUCCUCUCUCUGGGUAUCUGGUUGAUGGUGGCCGCGCGCASCGUGCCACACGCCGAGGCGGAGAUCAGCUGCGCUUCCUGCCCGUCGCCCGUUCAACUUCACCGGGAGGAGAUACAGCUGGGGGUCCGCGCCAACCGGGGGGCGGCCAGCUUGAGGCGCAUCCGAACUGAGCUAAGGGAACUCGGGUUCUCCAGCCUGGAAGCCGGGCUGGACCGGGAGCGCGAGGCGGGAGAUUCCAAGGAGGAUGAAGUUCCCGGGGUAAGGGGAGGAGGAGAGGACGCUGCGCUCCGGAGAGCCAGGAGGAGCGGACCGGAGUUGGAGCAGUUUAGUGACAGCGGUUGGACCGGAGGGGCCCGUGUGGACCCGGGCUCUCAGGUGGACGUGCAAAGAUCAGUCCGGUGGAACCGGGAGGACGGRAGAGGGAUUACCCGACAGGAAGAAGCCAAACUCAGCAGCAGCACCUUCGCCCUGACCGGAGACUCUGCGCACAACCACGCGGUGGUUUACUGGUCCGGACAGAACAGCAGCCCUUCAGUUUGCUCCUCCUGCUGGUAYUCAGGAGGUCACAGAGACGUCAGACAUGAAGGAGCCUCCUGAGCUCACAUGAUGUCAACACGAGGUCAAAGGUCAGGGAAGUCCGGUCCCACACAGACCCAUCACAGAUCUGACAGAGACCAGCAGACAGUUAAAGGUCUGAGAGGAGCUGCUUCAACCCAGUCGAUGCCCCACAGAGAGAUCCCCGCUGGGUGUGUUUCUGGAGGCAGCUGUGGGCUGAGGCAGGACGAGGACUGAAUGCUGAUCAGAGUCCUGCAGUGGGCUCGGGCUGAAAGGAGAUGGUGGCUUCGCCUCCUGGCACUCAUCUGAAACCGACGUGUGGUCUCUGCUGUCAUUUCUCCUCUUUAGCGAAAUGAAAAGCCGCCAGCAAAGUGACUUUCUUUGAUUUUUAUAUCCAAGAAAAGUGUUUGUUAAAGUCAAGGCUGCUUGUGCUCCGGGACAUUAAAACAUGCAGACUUUUCUUCAUAAACCU